AUGACGCGCCGCCAGAGGGCGCGCGGCAGCGAGGAGGUGAAGGCGGAGGACUUCGUCGAGUCGGUGCUCAACUUCGGCGGCGAGGAGGAGGAGGAGGAAGCGGAUGCGGGGGCCCACGGGGACGGGCAGCCGGCGACGGAGUACAAGUCCAAGAACCUGGAUGCCGAGCGGAGGAGGCGCGACAGGCUCAACAGCAACAUCCUCGCGCUCAGGGCCGUCGUGCCAAACAUCACCAAGAUGAGCAAGGAGUCCACCCUGUCGGACGCGAUCGACCACAUCAAGAAGCUCCAGAACCAGGUCCUUGAGCUGCAGCGCCAGCUCGCCGACUCGCCCGGCGAGGCCUGGGAGAAGCAGGGCAGCGCGUCGUGUUCCGAAUCCUUCGCCCCCACUGAAAACAUGCAGUAUCAGGGUCAGGUGGAGUUGGUUCCUCUGGGGCCAUACAAGUACCACCUCAAGAUCUUCUGCAAGAAGGCCGGCGUCUUCACCAAGGUACUGGAAGCACUCUGCAGCUACAAUGCGCAAGUCACCAGCCUGAGCACGAUUACAUUCUACGGUUAUGCAGAGAGCGUCUUCUCCAUUGAGGUGAAGGGUGAGCAGGAUGUUGUCAUGGUGGAGCUAAGGAGCCUUCUGUCCAGCAUUGUGGAGGUCCCAAGCAACUGAGUUUCUAAUAACACAUAGAGUUCACAUGUUUCAGUGCAAAAAAAAUCUGAAUUUUGAGGAAGAACUCUAGUGGUAAAGCGUUUGUGUUGGCACUGUAACAAGGGUACACGUCUAAGUGAUAAAACUGACACGAAAAGACCGGAUUUUGUGUUGGACUUGAACACAAGGCACAAUGAACUUGUGAGUUACCCGAAACAAAUGAACUUGUAAGUUGUGAUUGUGAACAAACCUAUAAUCAAAUCCAUAAUUCAUCA